AUGAGACUCUUUGCUUUUGGCUCCAAUGGAUCAGGCCAACUAGCCAUCGGCCACGAAGACGACGUCUCCACACCAACCCAAUGUCUCUUCGAGCAACAACCAACCACCACUCUCAACAAUGAAUCUAUUACCACCAUCGCAGCAGGCGGGAACCACACCCUCCUGCUAACAACCAGCGGCGCCAUCUACGCCACAGGUUGCAACACAGAUGGCCGAUGCGGCCCCAGCCCAAAAGCAAACAUCACCCGCUUCCGUCGACUACGCCUCCCGGGUACUACAGUCUCCAGCUUCAAACAUGUCUCCGCUACAUGGGAGGGGACGAUUACCGUCGCGUCAGAAGAAAACGAAGACAGAGUCUAUGUCUUCGGUUCCUCGCCUAAAGGCGAACUAGGUCUUGGAAGCACUACGUCGGCUGUGGGUGUAUGUAUCCCUGAUUUCCCGCCGGGAGGUGCGAAGAUCACCGCGUUGGCGAGUGGCAUGGCGCAUUCCGUUGCUGUGCUUUCUAAUGGGGAGGUCUAUGGAUGGGGUGCGGCGAGGAAGGGGCAGCUUGGGGAUGGGAAUCGCGGGGUUAGGAUUGCUUAUUCGCCUGUGCGAGUUGGGGUGGGGUUUUUUGCGGAGCGGGUUGUUUGUGGGAGGGAGUUUACGGUUGUUUCGGGCUGUGGGCGGUUUGUUGUGCUUGGUGAUAUGGGGAAUCGGUGGGGGGUUUUGAAUGUGCCUGGGUCUUUGGGUUUGGGGGUGGAGGGGAGUGGGGAUGGAGUGGAUGGGAGUGGGUGUGGAGGUUUUAUUCGUCGAGAUACUAGUAUUGGGGCUAGUUGGCAUGGGGUUUAUGUACAUGCGGCGCAUGGGGUGGGGGAGGAGGAUGAGGAUGUAGGCACUGGUGCUCGAGCAGAUGGUCGGACGGGUUCUGAUCCUGGUGCAUUGCUUGUUGCUUGGGGGCGGAAUGACCGUGGUCAACUUCCUCCGCCGGAUCUUCCGACUCCUGUCAAAAUCGCUGUCGGCAGUGAGCAUGUUCUUGCACUCCUGGGGGAUGGUCGAGUUGCGGCGUUUGGAUGGGGCGAGCAUGGGAAUUGUGGGCCGGAUACGGAUUCCCAAGGGAACGUGUCGGGUAAAUAUAAUGUGAUUUCGCUCCCGGAGACUGUGGGUGCGGAUGAGGCGGUUGUCGGGGUGGGAGCAGGAUGUGCGACUAGCUGGAUGGUUGUUACAUGA